AUGGACGGGUCUCCGGAAACGAAUCGGGUCGCCGCGGUCGCCAACUCAUCGCCGCCGCAAUCAUCGUCUCCGGCUGUGCAAGAGUCGCCUUUCUCCAAUUUCCUUAGCAAUCUCACUCCUAUCAAUACGGUUAAGAGUGACAGUUAUUCGCAAAGAUUAGUAGGAGCCUUCUUGCCGACGCCACCAGUUGUGUUUACAUCUCCUCGUAUUGAUUUGGAGCGAGAAACCGGUUACUUGGAAAUGAAUGAUAUAGUUGAAGCAGGUUCAAAUGUUGAUGUUUAUAAAGAAUGCAAUACAACGAUAGUCCAGAGUGCUAGUUUUAAGAAGGAGGUCCAGUUGUGCGGUUCAUCAGGCUGUAUUGAUGAAUAUAUGGCUGACCCUGCAAAGGUAGACUGUACACAUUCUGCUGAUAUACAGAGUGGUAUCACUGCCAGCAAAGAAUCCAAUACAGAAGUUCAUGAGGAUAUUGAUGGUAGUACAAAGAGUGAGGCCCUUACAACAUCGAAUCAAGCUGAAGAGGAUCUCCAUUUACCUUCACUGAAACAGAUUGAAGCCACAGUCAUUGAGAGGACUGAUAAAAAUAGCGUAGCUCUUGUCACCCGAGCACAAAGCCGUGGACAGAAUACAGCUAAGGAGGUUAGUCAACACCACCGUGGUAUACGCAGGCAUCUCCAAUUUGAGACUGCAGUAGCCCACAAGAAUUCUAGCUUUGAUAGCCAUAAAAGUCUUUGCAGUCUGAGACAUGAUACUGCCAAUUUAAGGUCAGCUUCUAAACGAAUAAACUUGAAGACUCUUGCUUCUCAAAUAAAUAACAAAGCCUUCAACAGUCCGCAGGGUGUUAGCUGUGACACUUCACAGUUGUCUUGCCUGUAUGAGUCAGUUAGAUCCGGCCAAAUUUGUUCUGGUAUCGGUUUACAUCUGAAUAGCAUUACUCAGUCUACAUCCAUGAGCUCAGAUGUAUUUUCAAGCAGGAAAUCAACUGGUUGUCUGAGCACGCCUGACCAGAUGUUGGAGCAUGACAACUUGGAACACGAAUCAAGUAGUAGCUUUAUUUCAGCUAUACCUCAGCAAAAUUAUUCUUGUAUGGGCGAUGAUCAGCAAGGAAGUCAAACGGCUGUGCACACUACGUUCAGUUUUUAUUCUACUAAUGGUUUACCAUACCUACCAUGUGAUUCUACGGAUCAGAUGCUGGUUGACCAGGACUCGGUUCCUUUUGAGGAGCUGAAUGCGUCAGAGGGUGCUAAUAAGAUUGAGGAAUCAAACCAACUGAGCGAGAAAAGGAAAAGGAGAAGAGGUGCAGAGAUAAGUGAGGGUUGCAAACGCUGCAACUGUAAGAAGUCUAAAUGUUUGAAACUUUAUUGCGAGUGCUUUGCAGCUGGAGUAUUUUGUUUGGAUUCAUGUUCAUGUGAAAACUGCUACAACAAGCCUGAGUUUGAGGACACUGUUUUUGAUGCUCGUCAGCAAAUUGAAUCCCGUAAUCCGCUUGCAUUUGCUCCCAGAGUUGUUAAGCAUGAUUUCAACUCUUCACCUAAGAUUAUGGAAGAAGCUGACUGGACGACCCCAUCAUCAGCCAGGCACAAGAGAGGUUGCAACUGCAAGAAGUCGAAGUGCCUGAAAAAAUACUGUGAAUGCUACCAGGCUAAUGUUGGAUGUUCUGCUGCAUGUAGAUGUGAUGGUUGCCAAAAUCCAUGUGGCACUACGGCAGACCAAGAAUACAACCGAGCUGAAAAAUGGGAAACCCACAUUGCUGACAAGCUGGAUACUAUUAAGUGUGGGAAUGAUUGCAUCAAGGCCACAAGUAUGGAUACGUACUCUCCUUCAUGGGAAGGACUUUCGGUUAUAAGCAAUUUCACCCCAUUGUCAAAUCCUUGCUCAAGUACCAUGGUUUCUUCAGCUUCAUCGAUUAUGAGAAACUGCACAAAAAAUUCACAAGCCCGACUGCAAUCAAGCAGGCUUCAGCCAUCAGGUACUGGUCAGUUAAAAAGGGGACGGUCGCCUGUCAUUUUUACCCCACAAGAAUUUGAAAGCAAGGGACCCUAUCAGCUCAGUUCUGAUGGUGCCAGUUAUGAAAGAACGGAUGAUGAUAUACCUGAGUUACUGAAGGAACCUUCUAUUCCCCCCAAGGUAGUCAAAGGUUCACCAAACCAGAAACGUGUGUCACCUCCACAAUCCCGAGCUGAGAAGUUGCGGUCAAGGUCUCCUAAAGGCUUGAGAAGUGGCCGCAAAUUCAUUUUGCAGGCCAUGCCUUCUUUCCCUCCUCUGUCCCCUUACAGUGAUUCUAAAGCUGUCAAUGAUACUAUGAAUGACCAUGAAGGUACCCACAACAAUUAG